AUGCCUAGCACUAUUCACGAUUUGACUGCUGAGGCGAUUGGUGAUUUGAUCAAAAGCCAACUAGCUGCUAUUGGCGAAAAAACCUCAAACGAAGUCACAAAGCGACUUAUACAUGAAAUCACACCUAGGGUUUCCAGACAUGUCCAACUUGGUGGCCCCAAAACUUUCCGCGAACCUGAUAAACAAUUCCUCAUCAAGGGCUUUUAUUAUCCAGGAAUUAUUAUUGAAUUCGCAUACUCGCAGUCCUUCGAACAGCUACGACAAAAAGCUUACGACUUUACUGUUAGGUCAGGUGGCAGAGUUCAACUUGUGAUUGGUCUGGAAACAGGAAACAAGAAGUUGUUUAAGAUCUCAGCUUGGCGACCAGAGUUUUGUCGGUCUGAGAAUAGAGAUGCUGUGAGAAUGAAGACUAUCACUGAUCAGGACAUCAUACGAGAUAGUAAUGGCACCCUUAAGCCUGGAUGCUUGAGAUUUCAUCUCCGGGACUUUGGCAGAGACCUUGCAACCAAUUAUCCUGGUGCUCAUUUGGCUGAGGAGAUCGCCCUUGACUAUGACGUUCUGGCUGGAUACCUCAUCGAUGCCGAGCAGUGUGAUGUACCACCAUCCCCAGACGCGGACAUCAUAAUGUCGGAAUAUUCGUUUUCAUCAGAAGAAGAGCUCACACCAGAAGAUGAGAAGAAGAUUAUUCUUAAGGUCCAGGAAUGGUGUUCGAUAAUGGCUCAUGACCAGCAAAGAAUCAUGGUGGUGGUAGAGAUCUCUGUUUCCGGCCAACAGCUUCCCCAGCACAUCACUCUAGCUGCUCUUUUCUUCAAGAAUCCUCCACGUUUCGCUAUGACUGUGGGCUGCAUUGAAAGCGAGAGUGCAUAG